CGUUGUAGCAUGCAUAGCCGCCGGCCGCCUGCAGAUUUGCAACCAUAGCAGCCUAUAGCCUAUAGAUUGGCGGCUCCAUCGAUCUCGAUCUCUGUCUCCACCUCCUUAGCUUAUUAUCCCAAUUCCCAUGCACGCAAGAAACACCAAUAAUUGAUCUUGGAGGUGAUCAAUGGCGGCGUUCGGCUGCGUCCACGCCGCCGCGGCUACCCUUGGCGGCGGCGCGCGGUUCGCGGUGCGCGUCCUGUGCGGCCGCUGGUUCAUGCUCUUCGCUUCCACCAUGAUCAUGACCACGAGUGGCGGCGCCUACAUCUUCGGCGCCUACUCCAAGGCGCUCAAGGCGUCGCUGGAGUACGACCUGGACACGCUCGACACCAUCGGCUUCUCCAAGAACAUGGGCAUAAGCCUAGGCAUCGUGUCGGGCCUCAUCAACGAGGUCGCCCCGCCGUGGGUCGUGCUGGUUACCGGCGCCGCCAUGAACCUGGCGGGCUACCUCAUGGUCUACCUCGCCAUGUCCGCCGCCGCUCAUCGGCCACCGGUGUGGCUCAUGUGCCUGUACAUAUUCGUUGGCACCGUCUCCCAAACGUUCGCCAGCACGGGGGCCCUCGUCACCAGCGUCAGGAACUUCCCGGACGACCGCGGCGUCGUGCUCGGCAUGCUCUUGGGCUACGCUGGGUUCAGCGGCGCCGUCUUCACGCAGCUCUACCGCGCCUUCGAUGGUGGUGGUGGCGGUGAAGCGGCCACGCUUUUGCUGCUCCUGGCAUGCCUCCCCACUGCCGUCUCGCUGCUCUUUAGCUUCACCGUUCGCGUCAUCCCACCACGACGACCACCGAUAAGCAGCAGCACGGCGGAACGCAAGGGCGUGCUGGGUUUCCUUGGCGUCUCUGUCCUCGUCGGCGUCUACCUCCUCGCUCUGAACGUUGUCGAGGUGAAGGCAGCGACCCGACUGCCGAGGCGUUUCUACCACGUCACCAACACCUUGCUCGUCCUCAUCCUCGUCGUCGGCCCACUCGUCGUCGUCGUGAAGCAGGAGUACCACCAGCAGACCUCAUCCCAUAGCCAUAGUACGCUUCAGCAAGACGUCCCCCGAGCUGUGCCGGGACCGGGAGAGCAAGAGAUCAACUACUCGGUUCGGCAGGCUCUUUGCAGCCAGCACAUGCUGCUGCUCUUCGUCGCCACCGCCUGCGGCAUCGGCGGCAUCAUGACGGUGGUGGACAACAUGAGCCAGAUCGGGCAGUCGCUGGGGCACUCGCAGCGCACCAUCACAAUGCUGGUGUCGCUCGUGAGCCUGGCCAACUACGCUGGGCGCGUGCUGGCCGGCCUGGGCUCCGACUACGUGGUGGCGCGCUACAGGCUGCCGCGCCCGCUGGCGCUCACCGCCACGCUCCUCCUCGCCUUCUUCGGCCACCUCCUCGUCGCCGCGGGCCUGCGUGAUGGCGUCUACGCCGCGUCGCUCAUCAUGGGCUUCUGCCUCGGCUCUCUAUGGACGGUGCUGUUCGCCGUCGUGUCGGAGGUGUUUGGGCUGAAGCACUUCUCCACGCUCUACAACCUGUCCACGUUGGCGAGCCCCGUCGGAUCCUACGUGCUGAGCGUGCAGGUGGCGGGCCGGAUGUACGACCGUGAGGCGCAACGGCAGGGCCAUCGCCGGCAAGACGAGCUCGCCUGCGUUGGGGUUCAGUGCUUCAGGGCAUCGUUCGAGAUCAUCGCCGGUGUCACGUUGCUCGGCGUGGCGGUGUCCAUGGUGAUGGCCUGGAGGACGAGGGCGUUCUACCAUGAUAGGACGCGGUUCUUAUUCAGUGCUGCUGCUGCUGAUGUCGCAGACACAGCCGCCACGACAGACAGCAGCAGCAGCAGGCAAGAAGACGAAAACAAAACGAUAGCUGCAAGUCAAAGUAUCGGUAUUUGCUAGAUAUACUCUCGUCGUCGUCGUAGCAAAGACAUUAGGAUACAAAAAGUCCUCUAUAUAUCUCUUGCAUAUCAUGCAGUGUGUGUCCAACAUGCGCUGGUACAAUCAUACUUCUUAAGGUGACACACCAUACUAAUUUAAAGCGAUGACGAGCUGAGUGUCUUGUCUUAAUAGUGGCGGUACACCAUGAUAGGAGCUCAGUACACUUCUAUGUAAAUUUGUUACAUGAAAGUAACAAUGUACUAUCUAGUCAUGGCUAACAUUCCUCGGUUCUGAUAUGACUGUCUAACUAGAUAUAGUCUUAAAUGUGAGAACACCUCUACAUAGUGGCAUCGGUUACGCCUGCCAUUUAAUGGAGGGAGUGUCCCAAAGCACCCUCUCCUUCCAUGUAAUGGAACAUAAUUUGACAUCUUCUCUACAA